AUGACUUCGGAAUCUCGACAAAAAGAGAAGUUGCGUUGUAUAAAAGAACGGACAUUACUGACUCAUCUCCAAUGUGCACUUAUAGCUUUUAUAUCAACGAAGGCAGAUAUCAAGUUGUCACCGCCAAAACGAGUAAGUCGGUUAUCGCAAGAUUUUCUUAAUAUUAGCUCAAUCACAUUUUUAACAGAAAAUCCUUUAUUCACUUUGAAUUUUAAAGAUUUUAUAAAGAGAAGAAAGAAAGAAAAAAAUGCCGAAAUGCUAAAGAAUGGUAUUGAUUAUAGAAUUAUGGAAAGGAAAAUACAAAAUGAAAAGAAAAGAGAGAUUCUACAUUUAUUAGAAGAUAUAUUGUUUGAAGACGGAUUUAUUGUAUAUUACGAAAACGAAAAUAGAGAAGGAAUCAGAGGUAAUGUUUUCAUUCAAAUGCCUGAUAAGCAGAUUGUAAAUAAAGAAAUGAUUAUAAAACUUGGUGAGUCAAUUGAAAAGUACUGCUCUGAUAGAUUUAUUGAAAAACGAAAACAAAAUAUAUCAAUAGAAAUGAUUAUAUUAACAAAAGAAAAAGUACUGAAUAUUAUCAAUGAAACUGAUGUUGAUAGAGUGUAA